UGGGCAGGUAUCAGAGUUUCACGCUCUGUCUUCAGCUCAGUCUCCAGCAUGAGGCGACACGAAGACACACUGAUCCUUGUCCUGGUCCUGGUCCCGCAGCAGCUCUGAUCCACCUCUCAUCCUGGUCUGUGCUCCAGAGUCUGACCCUGGUGCAGCUGGACCUCCUGUCACCGUGGAUCAGCACUCACAGACUCCGCCCCCUCUCCCCCCGCGCGCACAGGUGAGACUCCGCUGCUCCUCCGGGGGCAGAGUCAUGACUCCCCGCGGGAACCCGGGACUGUGAGCGCGGGUCCCGGUCGCCUGGACGUGGACUAAGUGGAGCCGGAUUUUGUGCUCAGUCUGUUUUACCCAGCUUCAUCUUCAUCAUCUUCAUCGUCAUGUUCCAGCACAGCAGUAAAAAAUGUUUCUCCAUCGAGUCUCUGGUCGGGAAGGAGGUGAGCGCGCACAGCGGCGGAGGUGAGGAGCCCAUCCGGCCCACGGCGCUGCGCUUCCCGGACUCUCUGCACCCGGCCACCGCCGCCGCCGCCGCUGCAGCCGCCGCCGCCGCCGCCGGGAUCUUCGGCUCCUGCUUCCAGGGGAGCAGCGGCAGGACUUUGUACCCGGAGGUUCUGCUGCAGGAGCCCGGGACGCACACGCAGCAGAGCGGCGGAAGCGGCGGCGGGGGCGGCGGCGGCGCGUUACCGCUUCACCCGCUGCAGAUUCCGCCUCAGAGUUUCUUCAGCCCGCACCGCGACGCGCUCAGCUUCUACCCGUGGAUUCUGAGGAGCCGGUACCUGCAGGGACACCGGUACCAAGGUGAAGACUCCAGUCCGGAGAACCUGCUCCUGCACGGUCCGUUCUCCAGGAAACCCAAACGCAUCAGGACGGCGUUCUCUCCGUCUCAGCUGCUGCGUCUGGAGCGAGCGUUUGAUAAGAAUCACUACGUGGUCGGAGCCGAGAGGAAGCAGCUGGCCAGCGCGCUGUGUCUCACCGAGACCCAGGUGAAGGUGUGGUUCCAGAAUCGCAGGACGAAGCACAAGCGUCAGAAGUUGGAGGAGGAGUCACCGGAGGCUCAGCAGAAGAGGAAGGGCAGUCAGCACGUGAGCCGCUGGAGGGCGGCGACGCAGCAGAGCGGCGGCGAGGAAGUGGACGUCAUCAGCGAGGACUAAACCGCAGCGAGCACGCACACGCAUGCACACACGCACACGCACACGCACACACACAC